GGGUUUACUAUUAAAAAAUCAAAAAUCAAAAAUGAAAAAAAUGGAUUGGCGGGUUAGAAAGAAUAAAAGAAUAUAUAUAUAUAUAUAUAUAUAUAAAAGGGAAAUAUGAUCACUUUUUGCAAAAGCUUUUCUUGUUUUCAUCCUCUCUCUCUAACGUCGAUUCGUUUGUUUUCUCUCUUCAAUUCACUCGUUAGUUCGAUUUGUUGGUUUUCGAAUUCAAUCCAAAUUAAGCUGUCGAGACUGGAGAGUUUGGGUAUGAUCGGGCAGCAGACCAAUAGACAUAUUUUGCGUUGAAAUUAGGGUUUUAAUUUUAAUUUCUUAGCUUCGGUUUCACGUUCAGUGUUGUUUGCUUCCGGAAAGUGUAAAACCAAACAUGGAGGAGAAUUCUGGGGUUGGUGAACAAACAAGUCAACAAGAUGAAGAAGAUUCUCCCGACCACUGUCAUCAGGACCUUCUUACGGGGAAAUUGAUUGGGCAUGCUAGAGAAAAUGGGGGACUAUACUUCCUUGAAGCUGAAAGUGGCACAGUAGAUUCUAAUCCUCUAUCCUACCUGUCAAAAGGCCCUAAAUCUGAUGAGGAUCAAGUUUGGUUAUCCCAUUUUUGUCUUGGUCAUCCACGUUUCUUAUUGUUGAAAAAAAUGUUUCCUGCUUUAUUUGAAAAACUAAAUGUUCAAAACUUUCACUAUGAUGUUUGUGAGUAUGCUAAACAUCAUCGUGCGUCAUUUCCUUUGAGUAAUAAGAAAAGUUUUGUUCCUUUUAGUUUGAUCCAUACCGAUGUUUGGGGACCUACCAGAGUUCACAGUGUUUCAGGGGUAAGAUGGUUUGUUUUAUUUGUUGAUGACUGAACGAGGUUUACACGGGUAUACCUCAUGAAACAGAAAUCGGAUGUUAGCACUAUCUUUCCCAUUUUCCACAAAAUGGUAAAAACCCAGUUCGAUGCCAAAAUCCAAACAUUGAGAUCAGACAAUGGAAACGAAUAUUUCAAUUAAUUCCUCACACCAUAUCUCCAAAAAGAAGCAAUCAUUCAUUAUUCUUCGUGUAAUGAUACUCCACAACAAGAUGGGGUAGCCGAGUGCAAAAAUAGACAUUUACUAGAAAUUACAAGGGCUCUAAUUUUUCAAAUGGAUGUUCCAAAGAUUUUUUGGGGAGAGGCUGUUUUAGCCGCUACUUGCCUCAUCAAUAGGCUACCCUUGAGUUCUCAACUACAUUAGUCCCAUGAAUCUCCUCUCUAGUUACUUUCCACACUUUGAUGGUUUUAGCCGAAUUCCUCCAAAAGUGUUUGGGUGUGUAGCCUUUAUUCAUAUUCAUACUCACCAACGAACUAAACUUAAUCCUCGAGCUCUUAAGUGUGUAUUUGUCGGCUAUUCUUCUACAAAGAAGGGUUAUAAGUGUUAUCAUCCGGCUUCUCGGAAGUUUUUUGUGACUAUGGAUGUAACCUUUAAUGAACAACCACCUUUCUUCACUAAUCCUUAUCUUCAAGGGGAGCCUUUUGCAGAAGAUAAGGAAUUUUUUCCUGUCCUAAAUGACUACACAAAAGCUGUGGUCCAACCUGAGAAAUCAGAUUUUAUACCUCAAACAGCUCCUGAAAUUGAACCUAAACAUCCACAAGAACAACCAGGCCUUGAAUAUUAUCAACAAAAGCGAGAGAGGGAGGAUCAUACAGUGCCACUCAAAGUAUACUCAAGGAGGAUGCAACCAGAACCAGAAUCUCUACAUGCUCCAGUUAUUGAACCGGAAAAAGAAAGAAGAAAGAGAAGAAUCCUCGUUAGCGCAGCACCAUUCAAGACGGCCGAAUCUCUCGUCUCUGCAAAUACCCACAAGGUCCCUGGAUAAUACACUCUCUAAUUUUACAAGGAUAGAUAUCCCUUUGGUGCCAAGUCCCAGUUCUAGCAGAUCCGGACUGCCCCCUAGACCAAGUUCAGCCAUGAGUUUCAGAUCGUCAAUAAGAAGUCUUCUUCCUCAAAGAAGCUUCAGGGUAAAAAAUUUAUCCAAGGAUGGUGAGAAGACGGUUCUCAUCUUCCCAGACACGCAACCGUCAUCAGAUAAGCCCUCGACUUCGAGGUCGUUUUCUCUCAACAAGGUUCUUUUCUCUACAACAAAAUCAGCACAUUCUUUACCGGUGACACCGAUUGCUAAUUCAGGUCCUGAGUCUGCACAGGAAAGGAAUUUGGAUGGCCAUUCUGAUUUUUCAAAACCAGCAGGUCAACAGCAAAUGAUGCGCUCAUUUUCGGUUCCUGUAAAUGUGAAAACCAAAAGCUUAAGGCGGACCGAUUCAACUGGAGGUUUGAUCCGUGUAAUACUGGCCACCCCUCGUCCUGCAAUGGUUGAAAGUGCCUCACCAAAUAAAUCUCUGGAGACAGAAAGAGUCAAUGAAGAUACUGCUGAAGACAUUCCCGAGGAAGAAGCAGUUUGCAGAAUUUGUUUGGUUGAACUAGCAGAAGGAGGUGAAACUCUUAAGAUGGAGUGCAGCUGCAAAGGAGAUCUUGCACUUGCUCACCAAGAAUGUGCUAUCAAGUGGUUUAGCAUCAAAGGAAACAAAACCUGUGAUGUUUGCAAGCAGGAUGUUCAGAAUCUUCCAGUGACAUUAUUGAAAAUACAAAAUCCUCAGACUCAAAUGAGACGGCCGGCAACUGUACUACAGCAGAGAGAAGUCAAUCGGUACCGGGUGUGGCAGGAUGUACCUGUUCUUGUCAUGGUCAGCAUGCUCGCGUAUUUCUGCUUUCUUGAGCAACUUCUGGUGACUGAUCUGGGACCUCGUGCUCUUGCAAUCUCUUUACCUUUCUCUUGUGUUUUAGGCCUCCUUUCAUCCAUGAUAGCUUCUACCAUGGUGAGCAAGAGUUACAUAUGGGCUUAUGCUUCAUUCCAGUUUGCAAUUGUGAUCCUGUUCGCUCACAUUUUUUAUACUGUACUCAAUGUAAACCCAAUUCUCUCCGUGCUACUUUCCUCAUUUACUGGUUUUGGGAUUGCAAUCAGCACAAAUUCACUUCUCAUUGAGUACUUGAGAUGGAGAGCAAGCCGAGAUCUACAAUCUCCCCAUCAGCAUGUUAGUGGUGGAGUGCAGCGUCAGCAGCAACAACAGCAACGAGCCCACUACCAUCACCCUAACCAGUUUCAGCGGCAGCAGCGACAACAAGAAGGACGAGAACAACAACAACAAUCAAUUGGAAGUUCGAUGGUGGGACCUACAGACGGUACUGAACUGCAAGAAAGCAGGAUCCAGAAUACAUAAUCCAGGAAGAUGAGACAAUCUAUAACAUUCUUUACAGAUCAAAGCAUUGUUGCUCUGAGGGAUUGAUUUUGUAUGUCGGAAACUUUCUUGAAGAUUAACCAGCAACUAGACAAAAGAAGGAAAUGAGGAACGCGAAAAUAGCACAAGGUGAAUAAAAUUGUACUUUAACAUCCCCAUCUAUGAUGAAUUUGAUAAAUGCGAAGUGAAAUUAUAGGUGAACUGCAAGACAAAAUCUUCAUGAUGUGAGCCAUAUAUGAUGAUCAUCUUUUAAGGCCAAAAUUCAAGAAUGCCCAGAGGGCUACUUAAUUGUUAGAACUAGCUGAAGGUGUGCUAUCUUGUUGUGUGUUAGCUGUUUAUUUUUGCUGCACUUCUAUGUCAUAUUUUGCAUAUUUUCUGUGGAAUCAUAUAUAUAUAUAUAUUCUUUGUGCUGGAAGAA